AUGGAAGUAAGUCUACGAAAUGGCAGAGACUUAGACUUGGAGCAAGAGAGGGCUCGAGAAAGCAGACAUGCUAAGACACUUGUAUCAGUGCCCAUUGAGCUAGAUGAUUCAACGAAAUUGACAAAAGUGACAGUACAACCUGCCCAAGAAGAACCCAACACACAGAUUGAGGCUGAGAAAGAAGUUGAGACAGCCCAAAAACCGGUAGUUGAGGUGGUACCAGUUGCUGAGAAGUUGUCUGACCCAGGGAGUUUCACAAUUCCUUGCACCAUUGGAAACUUUGCUUUUGCCAAGGCACUUUGUGAUUUGGGGGCUAGCAUAAAUCUUAUGCCCCGGGCAAUCUAUAAGAGGUUGGGGAUAGGAAGAGCUAGAUCCACAUCUAUGUUGUUGCAGCUAGCUGACAGGACCGUGAAAAGACCUUCUGGUAUCUUGGAUGACGUGUUGAUUCAGAAAUCUAUGAGGCGACCAAGUAAAUUAGCCAAUUGCUCUCUUAUUGAUGUCGUGGAUGUAAUCGUAGAAGCAGAUGAUGAGACGUUGACUAUUGAGGACCCUCUUAUUGCUUGUCUUGUAAAUUUAGAUGAGGUGAAUGGGGAAGAAUUGGCAGAAUGGGUGCUGGCUUUAAAGGGCAGAGGUAACUAUGCAGUGGGGGCAGUGCUGGGACAGCAGAAAGACAAGCUAAUGCACCCAAUUUACUAUGCCAGUAGAAUGUUGAGUGGAGCCCAGCUGAACUACACUGUGACUAAAAAGGAGAUGCUGGCUGUGCAAACCGGAAAUAUUUCCUGUCGCCAUGAGAUGCCCAUGAACCUAAUUCAGGAGGUUGAAGUGUUCGAUGUCUGUGGGAUAGACUUCAUGGGCCCCUUCGUCAGCUCCUUUGGCAAUAAGUACAUACUUGUUCCUGUACAUUACAUGUCCAAAUGGGUGGAAGCUGCACCACUUUCCACCAAUGAUGCAAGAGUGGUGGUGGGGUUUUUGAAGAAGAAUAUACUCACCCAUUUUGGGACCCCGAGAGCUAUUAUCAGUGACGGAGACACUCACUUCUGCAAUCGAGCCUUUGAGAAAUUGCUAGCAAAGUACGAUGUGCGCUACAAGGUGGCAACACCAUAUCAUCCUCAGACUAGUGGGCAGGUCGAAAUGUCUAAUAGAGAAACAAAGAGUUUACUGACCAAGACUAUGAAUGCCACAAGAACUGAUUGGGCGAAAAAGCUAGAUGAUGCACUCUGA